CUCCACACACCCAUGUAUUUUUUCCUCAGCUGCCUCUCUUUUGUAGAUGCCUGCUACUCAUCAGUUAUUGCACCUAAAAUGCUGAUGAACUUCUUGGUUGUGGGGGACACUAUCUCAGUCUCUGCCUGUAUAGUGCAAUACUUGUUCUUUGGGGUCUUCAUUACCACAGAAGGAUUCUUACUUUCAGUGAUGGCAUAUGACCAUUAUGUGGCUAUUGUGAAUCCUUUGCUUUACACAACAACCAUGUCUAAGAGAAAAUGUGUAGUGCUGGUCAUUGGGUCUUACACAGGUGGGAUGAUCAACUCAUUGACUCAUACAAUAAGUUUGGGGACACUGUCCUUCUGUGAACCAAAUGUUGUCAGCCACUUCUUCUGUGAUGUUCCUCCACUGCUAAAGCUGUCAUGCUCUGAUACCUCCAUGAAUGAGUUACUGCUGUUAACGUUCUCUGGAGUCAUUGCUAUGGCCACCUUCUUGAUCGUCAUCAUUUCCUACAUGUUCAUUGUUGUCGCUAUUCUGAGGAUCCGCUCAGCAGCGGGCAGACAGAAAGCCUUCUCCACCUGUGCCUCCCACCUGAUGGCUGUGACCAUCUUCUAUGGGACCUUGAGCUUCAGUUACAUUCAACUGAGCUCCCAAUAUUCUGUAGAACAGGAGAAGGUGGUUGCUGUGUUCUACACACUAGUGAUUCCCAUGUUGAAUCCAUUGAUUUAUAGUCUGAGGAACAAGGAGGUGAAGGAUGCUUUGAAAAGAGCCGUAGAAAUGAG